AACAUUGCUUAGAAACUCAGAAAAUAAAUUAUUUUUUUUUAUCAAAAUUAUAUAGCUUGCCGAGCAUUAUGGCCGAUAUGCAUGAGGGUAUAGUAACUGCCAUUAUACUCCUGUAUCAGCUAUUUUUAUAUAUUCGCUCAAUUAAUCCCAUCAAGCGGGAAGCCCUUUUGCUCGUGAUUCACAAUUUUUUUAUGUACUAUAUUAUAAAUCGAUUUAAGCAUUUAGCGCAAACUUCUAUAAACUCUCCCGGUCCAGUGAAUACCUUUUACUAUGUGCCCUUCGUCUAUGAGGAACCUGCCAAGCACCAAGCACAUGAGGAUCUCCAUUUGGUAUUAAAGAGCACAACGUGGAAUUUUCUUGAAACACUUUUCAGACACCAUUUGGCCCUUUUGUUGCCCUUCAUACUGGCUUUGUUAGUGCCGCGCUGCAAACUGGUGUAUGUGAGCAGCAUGGUGAUUCUCUCGAAUUUAACAAUUUGCAUGUGCUUCAUCUACUCGAUGUGGAAGUGGCUGGUAUUGAGCGGCUUCUCGCUAAGCCUGCAACUGUUGCCCAUUUUUUUCUUGGGUCCAGUGGUGCAGCUGCUGCUCAUGUUUCGUUUUACGGGGAACAUGUUGCCAAUGCUCCCACUAAAUCUACAGCUCAACCUAUGGAUUGUAGUUUGAAGCAUGAAAUUGACAGUGCCAAGCGAACGAAGACGCUAUCCAUUAGGUGCGGAAGCGGCACAAGAAGUAAAAGGCGUGUGGGAUGUAUAAGCAAUGCACAAGUUUGGCAUCAAAUCAAAGCAAUAAACCAACAAAACUGAGCAACUUCAGGCACUUGCACAAACCAGAAA